CAAGCAGUCGAUCACCCAAGUCCCAAACCUGCAAGUCUGCAACCACUUCAACAACAAACAAAAUUCAAACAUUACACGAAUUACACCCCAAAUUGACAGUCAGCUCGUAUAACUCUAUUUCAUCAAACUCAUUCACGACUCCGGAGUCGAUGAGAUAUAGCUAGUGAUUACGGGAAGAUGGCGAUGAAGUGUAGAUCGAUCGUCGGAAUUUGGUCGGAAACUCCACCAUCUCAUCGUAUUACAGCCGUCGCUGUUAUCGAUGAACCUCCGUCUCUUUAUACCGGUGCCUCCGAUGGCUCAAUCGUCUGGUGGCAUCUCUCCACCAAUCUCUCUUCUCCCAAGAUUAAUCCUGUUGCUAUGUUAUGUGGCCAUGUUGCACCAAUAGCUGAUCUUUGUAUUUCUUAUCCUCUUUUGGCUUCACUAGAUGAAAAAGUCGAUCAAAAUAGAGGUGUGGGGUUCAACAGUCUGCGAGGUGAUCAGGCUGCAUUAGUAAGUGUGUGCGGUGAUGGUGUAUUGUGUGUUUGGAGUCGAGCAAGUGGACAUUGUAGGCGCCGAAGAAAAUUGCCUUCUUGGGUAGGGAACCCGUUGAUUGUUCAGGCAUUGCCAUCAAAUAAAAGAUAUAUUUGCGUGGCUUCAUGUUUCAUCGAUAGUACAUAUGCGACCGAUCCUGAUUAUGUGGAUUCAACUGAAGGGAAUGAGGUCACUGGUGACGAGGAAUCUUUGAACAGAAAAGCACCCAAGUGUACUAUCAUUAUUGUUGAUUCCUAUUCCCUCAAUAUCGUGCAAACGGUUUUUCAUGGGCAAUUGUCAAUUGGCCCAUUAAAGUUCAUGGCCCUAGUCGAGUCUUUUGAUGACAACCAGAAGCAUUCGGCCCUUAUAAUUGAUUCAUUUGGUAAAAGUCAGUGUAUUCCAUUGGUUAAAGAUUCUAAUCUGGACAAGGAGGGUAAGCUGCAUCACAUAUCCUCUCUUGUGAAUACAGCUACACCGAGUAAUGGGACUUUUGAAGGAGGGGUGGUCAUAUGUGUUGCCACUUGUGGGCCUUUGUUAGGAUUAGUGUAUAAAACCAGGUGCAUCUUUCUUCUAGUUGCUACUGCUGCUGUAAUCGGAGUCAUUUCUCUUGAAGAUAAUAACCAUAUGAAUGGAGCCAAUUGCACUCUGUCAUGUGUCAGUGGGGGCGUGUUCAUCUCUCCUGACAAUACUUGUAUUUCUGAGUCUGAGAAAAGUCAUAUUAUCAUAGGAUUAAGAUUUUCUUUGUGGGAUGAUAGAGGAUCAGCAACCAUAUAUGAAUUAUCAUUUGUGGAUGACACUUUCAAGUAUGAGGUUGUUAAUGAGGUACCUGCCAUUGCUUGUCCCAUGGAUGUCAUAUUGUCGACAAAGUUUGUUCAGUUGAGAGAAUACUUUCUUCGAGUUGAAUCAGAUUGCUUUCAAAAUGAGGAUCCUCCAUUGUGGAGACCUCAUGUUACUAUCUGGUCAGUGCAUCAGACGCUUGAUGACCAUGGGAACAUUGGCAAAUUCUGCAGGUUAUGGGGAGAAGGGGACUUUCUUGUCGAUUGGGUUGAUAGGUCAGUUGGGAACUUUGAGGCCUCAGAGCAUACUUCCAACGGAGAACCUGCUCUAGACGAGCGAGUCGCUGGGACUUUUUAUAAAGAUAAUUUCAAGUGUACUGCAGUCCAAGAGGAAAGUAUUGUCUCCUCGACAAUGGUUAUAUCUCUGGAUGCUCGAACUCCUUAUGCUAUUGUAUAUGGUUAUCAUAGCGGUCAAAUAGAGCUGGUCCUGUUCAACUUCUUGGGGCAUAAAGUAGAUUCUGAUGGUGUAGAUCUACAUCCUGAGCUGGAGUCUCAAGGAUCCAAAAAACACUUUCUGGGGCACACUGGGGCAGUCUUGUGUUUGGCUGCACAUCAGAUGGUAGGUACUUCCACUGAGCGGGCAUGCAGCAAAUUUCUAUUGUCGGGAAGCAUGGAUUGCACACUUCGUGUAUGGGAUCUUGAGACUUGCAAUGUAAUAAUGGUGAUGCACCAUCAUGUCGCCCCUGUGCGCCAAAUAAUCUUAUCGCCGAUGCAAAGUUAUCAUCCAUGGAAUAAUUGUUUUCUCUCUGUGGGUGAGGAAUCUUGUGUUGCCCUUGUGUCUCUUGAGACUUUGCGGGUCGAAAGAAUGUUUCCGGGACAUCCUAGCUAUCCUCUACAAGUUGUUUGGGAUGGUGUGAGAGGUUAUUUGGCUUGCCUUUCUCAAAAUGAGUCGGUGGCAUCAGGUACAAAGGAUGCCUUAUACAUUUGGGACAUAAAGGCUGGUUCUAGAGAACGAGUCCUGCGCAAUGCAGCAGCUCACUCAAUGUUUAACAAUUUUUGCAAAGGUAUGGGCAUCGGUAACAUCUCUGGGCAUUCAACCAAUUAUAAUACCUCAAGAUCUUCAUUAAUUCUUUCAUUGGCAGAAGAUGGAAGCUCUUUGUCAUCGUCAUCUGAUCUGGAAAAUAAUGUGUCUAUCUCAUCCAGUGAAGUAAUAGAACGCAGCAUGUCUUCACUCAAUAGUAGUAGUGCCAGAUAUUUAAAAUCUAGUAAAAGAAUCAAUGACAAGCUUCCAAUAAGAUGCUCUUGCCCAAUUCCUGGAAUUGCGAUCCUAGGUUUUGACCUUUCGGCUCUGUUAUCGCCUGAUGUUUGUAGGGAUAUUGAAGGGAAACACUGGAAUGCUCCCUUAUAUGGAUCGCAGACAUUAAUUAGUUCCCAGCAACGGACUGCAUACCGUGAUUCUUCCGAGCAAGGAAAAUCUCUGGUUAUGUUGCAAGAUAACCAGUGCGCUGAUGCUUUGAGAUCGUGCUUACUGCAAUUUAGCUUGUCGCUUUUGCAUAUGUGGGGUGUUGAUUUCGAUUUGGAUCACUUACUAAUGAAAGAAAUGAAUGUAAAAAGAUAUGAAAACGUGAUGUCAGCUCCUGGUUUGGAAGGGGAUGGAGGAUCUAUUACAUUAGCAUUCCCUGCUUAUAGUUCUGCUCUUCAGCUUUGGAAAUCAUCAUCAGAAUUCUGUGCAAUGAGGUCAUUGACUAUGGUGUCCCUUGCUCAGAGCUUGGUUAGCUUAUCCCACUCUUGUUCAGGAGCCAGCAGUGCUUUAUCAUCAUUCUAUACGCGUAACUUCGCGGAGAAAGUUCCUGACCUGAAGCCUCCUUCCUUACAGCUAUUGGUCAGCUUCUGGCAAGAUGAAGAUGAGCAUGUUCGUUUGACUGCCCGGUCUUUGUUUCACUGUGCUGCUUCAAGAGCUAUUCCUCCACCCUUGUGUUGCUUGAGAACAGUUGAACACUUAAAAUUUGUAGACUCUGUAGAUCAAGUGGGUGGAAGUGAACUGGAAUAUGAAAAAAUGACAGAACGUCCAGACAUUCAAGGGGAUUCUCGAGCGGGAGAAGCUGGUAUACUGAAGUGGCUGGAAUCGUUUGAACUGCAGGACUGGAUCUCUUGUGUUGGUGGAACAAGCCAAGACGCCAUGACAUCUCAUAUUAUUGUUGCAGCUGCUCUAGCUGUUUGGUAUCCAAGUAUCGUGAAAGCCAGCCUUGCCCUGUUGGUUGUGCAUCCACUGAUUAAACUAGUCAUGGCCAUGAACGAGAAAUAUAGUUGUACAGCUGCUGAACUCCUAGCUGAAGGCAUGGAGAGUACAUGGAAAGCAUGUAUAGGUUCUGAAAUCCAUGGUCUCAUUGGGGACAUCUUUUUCCAAAUAGAGUGUGUAAGUGGUGCUUCUGCCAGUAUAUCAUCUGUGGCUGCAGCUGUACCUCCUAAACUUCGGGAAACUUUAGUCAGCAUUCUUCUUCCAAGUCUAGCAUUGGCAGAUAUACCUGGCUUUCUGACUGUAGUUGAAGGUCUUAUCUGGUCAACAGCCUCUGACUCACCAGUUCAUUUAGUUUCCCUCAUGACUCUCAUUAGGCUCAUGCGUGGAUCCCCCAGAAACUUAGCGCAGUAUCUAAAUAAGGUGGUCAACUUCAUCUUACAAACAAUGGAUCCUGCCAAUUCAGUUAUGCGCAAAACUUGCCUCCAGAGUUCAAUGGCAACUUUGAGAGAAGUUGUACGUGUUUAUCCAAUGGUUGCUCUGAAUGAUACUUCGACACGGUUGGCCGUUGGAGAUGCUAUUGCGGAGGUUAACAAUGCAAAUAUCCAUGUUUAUGACAUGCAAAGUGUCACAAAAAUCAAGGUUCUCGAUGCUAGUGGACCCCCUGGAAUUCCAACAUUGCUUUCUGGAGCUCCUGAAAGCGUCAUUUCUGCAAUUUCGUCAUUGACCUUUUCACCAGAUGGGGAGGGCCUGGUUGCUUUUUCGGAGAAUGGUUUAAUAAUUAGAUGGUGGUCAUUGGGAACUGCAUGGUGGGAAAAGCUCAGUCGUAACUUUAUUCCCAUCCAAUGCACUAAACUCAUAUUUGCUCCGCCAUGGGAAGGCUUCUCACCUAAUUCUUCCAGGGCAAGCAUAAUGGCAAACAUUGCAGGACAUGGUAGACAGUCAAAAUCACAGGUGCACGCACAGCCGAGUGAUGUGGACAGUUUAACUCUUUUGCUUUACAAUCUUGACCUAUCCUACCAGUUAGAGUGGGUUGAGGAUCGCAAGGUACGUCUGAUGAGGCAUGGACAAGAGUUAGGGACUUUUCUGUUGUAGCUUAGACAGAAAGCUGCAAUUUUGAUUCUGGUCGAUGCAUCCUUUAAUGCAAAGAUUGACCUUAAUGACGCAAUAAUGGCUCCUCCUGUAGGCGAUACGUUUGCACUGUUAAUCUGGAAGGUCUUACUGUUCCAUCCCGGAAUGUAUAAUGCGUAAAUGAGGCUGCAAAGUCUAAUUUAGAUCGUUGAAUGCGAAGAUUGAUAAUGUUAUACACGGAUUAGACGUAAUGAAAUUUAUUUAAAGCAAAAAUCCAUUUGGGUUGAAUUUGCAUUUGUA